AUGUCAUCUACCACCCUAACCGAUUCCUUCAAGAAUGAGCUUUUACUUCCUCCAACACAACGCUACGGAAACUUCCUUUCGAGGCGAGGAGCUUCUCUACCCAACUUCCACCGAAUUCAAUUGUUGUUACCACCGACCACCGGACCCGACAGAUCGUAUCUGCCGCUACGGUUGCUCUUUUAUAAGGUGAGCAUUCUUAGCGCUGGACCCAACGGAUCGUAUCCGUCGCUUCAGCAGCUCCCUUCGAAAGGCGAGCUUUUUGACAACUACCGGACCCAACAGUUCGAAACUGCCGCUUCGUAUUAUAAAUUACCACAACCCCAACAACCGAAUCUAGCCCCGUCGACUGCCGUCGAGCCUUCCGGGUCAGCGAACCCAAAUCCUCAAGUUAGCUUGGCGGUACAGUCAUACCAAUCCACCGUCCUGCUGGAAACGGUUACCAUCCUUGUUGUGGACCAGAACGGCAUGGAGCAUUCCGCUCGUGCACUGCUUGAUUCGGGUUCGAUGUGCAGUUUCAUUACGAAGAAACUGGCCAACGCUUUGAAUCUCCGCCGUACGAAAGUAGACGUUGCCGUAUCUGGAAUCGGCGAUUCCUCCAAGCAGAUCAAACGCAAGCUGACUGCUACUAUUAAGUCCAAGCUGCUUUCGUACACUACCUCUGUCGAAUUCCUGAUCCUCAGAAGACCAACCGUAUGCUUACCAACCACUCCGAUUGAUAUAUCCUCGUGGAAAUUCCCCAAGAUUCCGUUAGCCGAUCCACGUUUCCACGUCCCCGCCGACAUCGACAUGGUUGUCGGUGGAGAAAUCUACCACGAAUUGCACACUGGCAGCAAGAUAUCACUCGGCGAAGGACAGCCUAUUUUCGUCGAGACUGUCUUCGGAUGGACUGUGUCAGGGAAAGUAUCCAUCAUAUCUCCGCAAAUUCCGCGAGUCUGUCAUCUCACCACUGUGGACCGGAACCUAGAACAAGCCCUGCAGAAGUUCUGGGAACUGGAAGCCGUUGACACGUGUUCCAAGUUCACGGCCGAAGAAAAUAUCUGUGAAGAACUGUAUGCCACUACCACCACUCGCGAAUCGUCGGGUCGUUACGUCGUUUCCUUACCACUCACCCGCGAUCCGCUCGUCACUCUCGGUGAAUCUCGAUCAAUCGCCGAACGCCGCUUUCUCAGCCUUGAAAAACGACUUGAGCGAGAUCCAACCACCAAGGAGGCCUACUGUCGCUUCAUGGAAGAAUACGAAGCCCUAAACCACAUGGUGAAGCUCGUGGAUCCAAUAGACGAUACCCUGCCACAUUGCUAUCUUCCGCACCAUCCGUUGUUCAAAGAAUCCAGCACCACAACGAAGGUCCGAGUCGUCUUUGACGCCUCGUGUAAGACGGCGUCCGGAUUUUCCGUGAACGACCUACAGUUAGUUGGACCCGUCGUUCAGGAUGAUCUAUGGUCGAUCCACAUCCGUUUCCGCAGUCACCAGAUUUCACUCGCAGCCGAUGUCGAGAAAAUGUAUCGGCAAAUCCUGAUCCAUCCUCGUUACCGUCGAUAUCAACGCAUCCUCUGGCGUUCCAAUCCAAGCCAACCGAUUACUACGUACGAGAUGCAAACCGUUACGUAUGGAUUCGCAUCCGCUCCAUUCUUGGCAACCCGAACCGUUGUACAGAUCGCCCAAGACUCGGCCGAACAGUAUCCUGCCGCAGCGCCGAAAGCCUAG